AUGACCGAUCCUCGACACACUCUUAUUACCUCGAUUUGUUGGAUUGAACGGGGUGUUGCUGCCGAGAAACCUCAAUAUGUCAAACUCGAGCCGCAGACGAUAAGUGAGCUGAUCCAGGGCUCUCAUCCCGAGAACACCGAGGAUGAUCAGACCUCUGAUGCUGAUAUGGAGGAGUCGGAAGAGCAGCCAAAGACCAAAGGGAUCAGAGGAAGCAAAGCAAACGCAAAACCGGAAGAUCCGGACGACAAGUACAACUUGGAGAAUUAUGAUAACGAAAAAGUGGUGUAAGUUCGAUUUUCUUUCUGUUUUUUGUUUUUAGAAGAUGAUGUGAAGGUCAAGGAAGCUGUGGGGACACUUUAUUUUAUAGAUUUGGAGGUAUUUCAAGGUGAAAUAGAGAGAUUUUGGCUGAGCCCCACUUUUCCCUAGUGUAAUGUCGAAAAAUGUCGUAAAGUCCCGUUUUUGAUCAAAAUUUUUGGUGAAUUUUUUGUUCCAAUUGUAAAAUACGUUUUGGUAUUCGAUUUCCACUCAGGUUUCUUUUCCUUGGACACGUUUUUUCACUCAAAAUUUGAUCACCUUCCACUAGCACAUCCAAAAAAAUGAAAUUCUAUUUUGUUUCAUUCCGGAUCAAGGAAAUUUUUUCAGUGAGCCCUCAAUGAAAGGUCUAUCUGUCUUUGCCAACAACUUGGAAGAUCCGUAUGUUACAAAAACCAUCGACAGUGAAGAUGAAGCCGAAAUUGAAGAUUUGAAGGUGAAACCUGAAGAUAAUCUGGUUGCAGCGGCAAAGUUCGAAGGGGUAAGUUGGGUAAAAUACCAAACAUUGUUUGUGAAGUAUGCAAUUUGGCUUUUUACAUGAUUAUUUAUGAAUUUUUGGAGUGAAAAUUUGAUUUUCUACCUUAUUUUAGGUGGAAAAUUAAAAUUUUUUGUCGAAAACCAAAAUUAGUUUUCAGUUUGAAGCUUAAAAUACUUUCAGGAUGACACAACACUCGUGGUCUACCUCUACAACACCAACGGCGACUUCUACGUCCACCACGAUUAUCCCGUUUCAGCUCCCAUCCUCUGCAUGGAGCAUAUAAAAUACGAUCCCGGAGUCGAAGACCGCAAAGGGAAUUUGUUGGCGGUCGGCACAAUGAACCCCGUCAUCGAACUGUGGGAUCUGGACAUUGUGAAUGCGGUCAAACCGUUGGGAACUUUGGGCGAAACUCAGAAAAAGGGCCGCAAAAAGCGGGAUGGCUCGGGUCAAGGGCACAAAGACGCGGUGCUGAGCUUGGCCUGGAACCGAGAGGCCGAUCAUUUGUUGGCCAGCGGAGGAGCGGACGAGAUUGUGGUGCUGUGGGAUCUGGACGAAGCUAAGCCAGCCCAGAAUAUUAGACUAGAUGGAAUGGUAAGGAGAAGAUAAAAUAAGAUGGAUUUUGGAUAAGAAUGGGCUUGAAAAUUGUUGAGAGGAGUCUAAAUAUCACCAAAGAGCUGUUAGAUUUAUGGAAAGAGAAUUUGCGAAGUUCAAAAAAGCUUUCAUUUUUGAAAUUUUUAUUUUUGUUGGUUGUUUUAGAUAAAAAGGUGAAUUUCUCGAAGUGCAAAGCUCAGAUUUUUUUCAAAUUUUCUUCUGUAUGUUCUAUAUAGCCCACAGAAUUAUCCCUUAAAAUUUUAGCUCGUGCUUUGCAAAGUUAGUCGUGAUUUUCAACGAUUUUUUUGGAAAAAAUCGAUUUUUUCGAAAUUUUACAGUGAUGGACCUGAUCCAGUGGCCAAAAGCGUACCAUUUUGUAUCCAGGAAGUAUCGAAAAAAGUAGCAAAAUGCCUCCAUCUCCAAGUGAAAAAACUCCGUUUGUGAGGCGCGUUUUUGAAAUCGGAGUUUUUUCACUUGGAGAAGGAGGUAUUUUGCUAAAUUUUUUGAUAGUUCCCGGAUACAAAAUGGUCCGUUUUUUGCCAUUGGAUCAGGUCCGUCGCUGUAAAUUUCAAAAAUCGAUUUUUCCCAAAAAAAUCGUUGAAUAUACCGACUGAUUUUGGAAAGCACGAGCAAAAAUUUUAAGGGAUGAUUCUGUGGGAUAUACAGAACAUACAGAAGAAAAUUUGAAAAAAAAACUGAAGUUUGCACUUCGAGAAAUUCACCUUUUUAUCUAAAACAACUAACAAACAUAAAAAUUUCAAAAAUGAAAACUUUUUUGAACUUCGCAAAUUCUCUUUCCAUAAAUCUAAUGACUCUUUGGUGCUUUUUAGACUCCUCUCAACAAUCUUCAAGCCCAUUCUCAUCCAAAAUCUAUCUUCUUUUAUCUUCUCCUUACCAUUCCAUCUAAAAAAAAGUUUUUUUUUGCCUCUGGAUUAUGUCCGCCACUGUUUUGGCCGGAAGAAUUUUUUCAAUUUUUCCCUAUUUCCAGGUCCAAACCCUCGACUGGCAGCCCGGACAGGCGUCGGUGAUCCUCUCGGGCACCCGUUCCGGCAAGGUUCAGAUCAAUGAUUGCCAGUCGAAUCAGGUCAUUGAGUUGUUUGAAGACAAAAACAUUGAGAUUGAAAAGGUUCAUUGGGACCGAUUCAACGAAAACAAACUUUUUGUUUUGGGCAGCGACGGAGUUUUGAGGUAUUUUGAUGCGAAAAAUCCGAAAACCGUGCUCUGCGAGGCGAAAUGCCAUGAAGCGGAAGGUGCUGUGUUCAGUCAGAGCACCAGAAAUGGGCUGUUCACGACAGCGGGAGAGGAGGUAAGUCGUUUUGAAAAUUGUUUUUGGAGUUUUAGGGAAAGUUUGAGAAUUUUUUUGGACUUGGAAAUUUUUUGGUGCUACGGCUUUUUGGGUCAGCGACAGUUCGGGUCAACGCAAAAUCGAUCGAUACGGGGCGUUGGGAAGGUGGAUAUUACGCUCAAAAGUGCAGAGACAUUUUCCGGCCUUUUUUGCACCGCACCGUGCAUGUUGCGCGACGAAGUCCAUUUUGCACUGUGCAAAUUCUUUUCGCACGCCCAAAGUUCGCAGCGACACAGCUUAGAAAAGCUUACGUCGCAGCGAUAUCCGGUUGCACAGUGCAAAAGGUCAAAUGCACCCCGCAAAAAGGAGGUUUGUGCACGGUGCGGCCCACGACAAAAUGUCUCUGCACUUUUGAAAAAGCGUAAUACUCAAAAAAUAAGGCUAUAGGAAGUGCCUACGAGGCCUGACAAAGCCGUUUGAUGGUCGGCGGACGGUCGGUGGAGACUUGGCGAAGACUCGCAAUAUGUCCAGUUUUUCUAAUUUUAGCUAUUACUAACGUUAGUUUUCUUUACCCUGAGUUAUUGCAACAUAUAAAAGACCAAAAUUUGCGGCAAAAAACGAGGAUCCGUAACUUUUAUCUAGACAUUAUUGAUGUGAGUACAUGUAAAAUACCUCAAAAUAGGUGAUAAGCUAUCCUAGGACUCGAUCAAUCUUAUUAUUUCUACUAACUAAGCCUUCCCCUAGCCUCCCUCAUGCAUACAACGACGACCUUGCGGGUCAGCGACGGUUCGGGUCAAAUGCAUAGGAGAGGCUAGGAGAAGGCUUAGUUAGUAGAAAUAAUAAGAUUGAUCGGGUACCAGCAUAGCUUAUUACCUAUUUUGAGGUAUUUUACAUGUACUCACAUCAAUAAUGUCUAGAUAAAAGUUACGGAUCUUCUUUUUUUGCCGCAAAUUUUAGUUUUUUAUAUGUUACAAUAACUCGGGGUAAUGAAAACUAAGGUUAGUAAUAGCCAAAAUUUGAAAAAGUGGACAUAUUGCAAGUCUUCGCCAAGUCUCCGCCGAGCGUCCGCUGACCAUCCAGCGACUAUGCCAGGCCUCGUAGGCACUUCUUACAACCUUUUUUUUCACUAUCCACCUGCCCUACGCCCCGUUAUCGAUCGAUUUUGCGUUGACCCGAAAAGUCGGGACCCGAAUUUUCUUGGCCAAAUAACCACGGAUAACAUGCGUAUUUUACCCCCAAUUUUCAGGAACUCAAAGUUUGGGCCCUGGAAGGCGACAAAUUCCAACUCUUGAACACCGAAUCUCUGAAUCUCGGAACAAUCAGGUCCGCCGCUUUCUGUCCCAACGCUCCGAACGUCAUACUGGUCGGUGGAGAGAAGCGGGAACUCAUAAAAGUCUAUGAUAUUGCCAAAAGAUCGAAUGUAACCGACAAGUUCCCGGAUCUGAAUCCCACCGCCGAACCCGAGGAAUUGGAGCCAAAUCAAGCUCAGGAAGAGGAAAUGGACGAAUAA